AAUAAACACAUAAAAGAGGGUAAAUAAUUGGAAGUGGAAUAUUAGUUCACACUAUAUCAGGACAGGACAAUCGUGUUGAUAGUAUCCUGAGGCAGACGCUGCGUGCUUCCACAAUUCUGAUGCCUUUAUAUUGUUUUUAUUAACAAAACCAAGUUUCGAAGAAAACUCAGAAGGGAAAACAGUAUAGCUGGUCAUUUUGUAAUAUUUCAAGAGUAACGUGGUAAAUUUCAUAAGGUCAUUGCUAUAAAUGCAGGCUAGGAUAUCCUGUCCAGCAAACUCAUUUAAGGCAAUAACAGAUAUACAGAAGAGUGAGAGAAUGAAGGCUUUUAGCAUGAAAAACUCUGUUUUUCUCCUAGCCAUUCUAGUCUUAACCUAUACUUUACACAUUGAAGCUCAGCAAUGCCAUCCAAGCGGCCGAAUCAGGGGAACGAAUCCUCCUCCGGACCAAUGCAACCAAGAGAAUGAUUCGGACUGUUGCAAAAACGGCAAGUACUACACAACCUACAAAUGUUCACCGCCGGCGUCCAGCAGCACAAAAGCAACCCUUACCCUGAACAGCUUUCAGAAGGGUGGGGAUGGAGGUGCACCAUCAGAGUGUGACAAUCAAUACCACUCCGAUGACACACCUGUGGUGGCGCUUUCAACUGGAUGGUAUAGCAACGGGAAUAGAUGCUUAAACUACAUAAAUAUCCAUGGUAAUGGAAAGAGUGUUAAGGCCAUGGUAGUUGAUGAAUGCGACUCUACAAUGGGAUGUGAUUCUGACCAUGAUUAUCAGCCUCCUUGUCCUAACAACAUCGUGGAUGCUUCGAAAGCUGUUUGGAAAGCAUUGGGAGUUCCUGAAAGCGACUGGGGUGAAAUGGAUAUUUACUGGUCUGAUGCCUGAUCCGAUACCUGUGGCUUUCUCAUUUUUUUGUGGCAUCUGGUUGAUGCAUACCCUAUACCAUGUAACCGGUACAUUGUGUGUUAAAGCAAGAAAAGGGUUGUAAUAUUAUGUUUAUCUUUAUCCAUAAAAUCCUAAUUCUGAAAAUGUGACUCUGUUUUUAUUUGAAUAAAAGAAAUGAUGUCUUCAACAAGAAC